CGCUGGAGCGCGAUGCAGGACGUACAGUAUCUGAACAUCAGCUGCUGAGCACACAGUGGUCACGGGGGAGUGAGUGAAAAGCCUGCUAAGCACUUGGCGUUGACCUAGAGCGGGAACAUUAGACCGGUUUUGGACCAAGAUGACUCACGUGAAGCGGUUUCGAGAGAUUCCUAUGUCAAAGUCAAUGAGAGGUUUGUGUAAGGAGGAGGACUACGCGUUCCUGGGAAUGUCAGGGGAGACGACCAAAGAAGCGGCCGAAGGAGCCGGGGCUUCGGAGGGCGAGCGGCGGGACAAGAGGGAUGGGAGAGUCCACGGGCAACAAGAAUGGGAGCGGCAGCAAAGAGAGAAGCUCCGAGGAAAAGAGGAGCGUGAAGAGGAGAAAGACCUGCAGCGGCGGACCCGCGUGCCAGAGCCGGCCUCCGUCCAGGAGAAGACGCUGCAGGACAGACUGGCACGGCUCAGGAAAUUCAGAGAGUUCCAGAGGAAGGUGUUGGUGGAGGAAUCGGGGACGGACGGAGAGACACUUGGGGCCCACGGUCAACUAGCUCCUCACCAGGAUGCAGAUGGCACCAGGAAAUGAGCCGUGCCCACGUAGUGGAAAUAAAGAAUCUAAGUAUUCUCAUGUCAAAAUGCUUUUGAGGAUACAGAAUGCAGUGAUCAUGGUUGAAAUGUCUUUUGAGCAGCACAUUUUUAAGGAUUAUCUCAAGUUUAAGGAGUAAAGAUCACAUCAGAAAUGUCAUGACUCACUGAGUUUCUAGGGAAGUCAUUAAGGCCAGGGUGAAUAAGACUUUCAUUCAACACCCAUGAGAAAUAAUGUCUUCUUGUCCGACACCCUGCUCUGGUUUAGCCUCCUAAAAUAUUUCAAAUUGUUUCUCACAUAUUUUGUUUAAAAGAAUUCCACUCCAUAAAUUCCGCUAAGAACCAGAACAAACUUUACUCGCUUUUCCGCUGGGUGGUCCUCACGGAGUGGAAUGCAUGGCAAUUAAACUAACAUUGGGCUAAGUGUGUCAGCUGGGGCGCUCCACCCUCCCGCUCGGAUGCUCCCAGCUCCUUGAUUUGCGCCUCCCCACUUCACAGAACUUCACAACUCCACCUGUGUUGCUUUGUUUUUUCACAGCCGCCACCGCGUCCUCCUCCGGGCCGCCUCUCGCAGGGGAUGCAUUCCAGACACGCAGUGCGGUUAUAAAGUGGCUUGUCCUCGCCAUGAAGAUUGUUUUGUGGUGAUCCACAGGAGCGCGUUUCUACAGUACUUCUGCCAGGAAUGUACCACAGUGUUGAUUUUGGCAAACCGACGAGCGCUGAAAACAAACAUGUUCACAGAUGCAUGUUUUGCAGACAUUUUGCAAACUUUGCAUAUUUUCCUCACAAUUUA